ACUCACUCCAUGUGCCCCCAUGCCACUAUAUAAGGAACUCUUCCAACAGCUAUCCUAAAAGCAACCCAGCAACAAUCCCAAAAAUCAAUCUUCUAGAAGUGUCUUUCUUCUCUUCUUUUCUAGUCUGCUCCUCUUAAUUUCUCUAUGAAAAUGGCGAGUUUUGGGUCAGGAGUUGUUUGUGCAAUUUUUGUCCUGAUUAGUAUGGUGGUGCCAAGUUUGGCAACAGUUUACACUGUAGGAGACUCCACUGGCUGGACAAUGGGCACUGAUUAUAGCACCUGGACUAGUGGCAAGACCUUCACAGUUGGUGACAGCCUUGUAUUUAACUAUGGAGGAGGGCACACAGUGGAUGAAGUAAGUGCCAGUGACUACAACACAUGCACAGUGGGGAAUGCAAUUACUUCAGACAACAGUGGAGCCACCACCAUAGCCCUCAAGACUGCAGGGACUCACUACUACAUAUGUGGAGUGAUUGGGCAUUGUGGAAGUGGCAUGAAGAUUGCAGUAACUGUUAAGGCAGCGUCAUCAUCAGGGACUACUACUACUACCCCAUCUUCAGGUUUAGGGUCUAGCACCACUCCUGCUACUACGUCACCUGCUGGGACUAAUACCACCAUCUACCAACCUUCCUCUAAUAACAUGCCUGCUUCUGCUUCACCAACUCUUUCUCCAUAUGUGGCUACAGUGGCUACCUGGGUUGCAUUAUUUUGUGUGAUGGUUUUCUUAUUGUAAAGUAUGGCAACCUAACCAGGAUAGAGGCAGUGCUAUCUUUCAGUUUCUUUUCUCUUGGUCUUUUUCCUUAAUUUGUAUUCGGGAGUAUUACUCUUCCUUUUUUUUUUUUAAUUAUUAUUAUGAAUAUGAGUAGGUAAUAUCCAUUAUAUGGAUCUUAGGUAAGUAAAUCAUGGUUCUCAA